CGGGAGAUCCCGCUGGGAGUCCGGGUCUCACCGCUUUGCUGCUCAGGGUCCUGGCCUGGGCACAGCGAUUGCUGGUAUCCUGGGCUCCCCCAGGGCGCCCCCGCCGCGCCCCACCCGGGGUCCGCGCGCGAGUGCGCGGCUCGGCCAGGGCGCCCCCGGGGACCCGCCCGGGAGAAGCGCUGCGGCGGCAGCGCCCGCGGCCGGUGGCGAAAGUGCGGCUGCGGAAGCGCGGCCACUCCGGCCGCGCGAAGGAGGAAGUCGGGGGAGGUGCGGGAGCGUGGGGCCUGCGGGGCCGGGCGGACGCCAUGGGCCGGCUGCACUGCACACAGGACCCCGUGCCCGAGGCCGUGGGCGGCGACAUGCAGCAGCUGAACCAGCUGGGCGCGCAGCAAUUCUCAGCCCUGACUGAAGUGCUCUUCCACUUCCUAACUGAGCCAAAAGAGGUGGAAAGGUUUCUGGCUCAGCUCUCUGAAUUUGCCGCCACCAACCAGAUCAGUCUUGGCCCCCUGAGAAGCAUCGUGAAGAGCCUCCUCCUGGUUCCAAAUGGUGCCUUGAAGAAGGGUCUCACAGCCGAGCAGGUCCGGGCCGACUUCAUGACUCUGGGUCUCAGUGAGGAGAAAGCCAUCUACUUUUCUGAAAAGUGGAAGCAGAAUGCCCCCACCCUUGCUCGAUGGGCCGUAGGUCAGACUCUGAUGAUUAACCAGCUUGUAGAUAUGGAAUGGAAAUUUGGAGUGACAUCUGGGAGCAGCGAACUGGAAAAAGUAGGAAGUAUUUUUUUACAAUUAAAGUUGGUGGUUAAGAAAGGAAAUCAAACUGAAAAUGUAUACAUAGAAUUAACUUUGCCUCAGUUCUACAGCUUCCUGCACGAGAUGGAGCGAGUCAGAACCAGCAUGGAGUGUUUCAGCUGAUUUCUGUCCCUGCCUUGCAUCUCCACCCCCACCCCCCAUCCCCUCCUCCUCUUUCCCGGUGACCCACUCUGAGAGGCUGCUGGGCUCCCAGGCCUGUGGCCUCUCCUCUGGGCCUGCCUGCCUCUUGGGAGCCCGUGUGCAAAGUUUCUGAAAAACAAAGGAUUAAGUACUGAAGGAGCCCGGACAGAAUGACCCUGAAGAGUCUUCAUGAGGCACCCUCCACCACGUAUCUCCCAGGUCACUGUUUAGAUAUUCAGAAAGGUGAUUGCAUGCAGGGGAGGAAGUAAGUCAAGUCACCUCCCCUUCAAAGCUCCAGAGUACACAAAUGGUCUGUUGCUCAAGAUACCAACACUGAUGACCUUCCCCACAAGACAGCAAGGGCUUGUUUAUGACUAAGGAAGAGGUGGAUUUCAUGAAUGACCCAAAGGGAGCUCCCAGCAGAGUUCCUACAGUUUGUGGUGGUGGGGCCUUGCUGAUCGGUCUUCAGUGGACACCUGUGUAAAAGUACGGGCUGGGUCUGCUCUGAAAAAAAAAAACAGGCUUCACUUCAGGUUUUGCCCCAUUGUGGGUAAUGAGGCGGGCCUUUUGAGGUUAUUUCAGCUUGUUUUGGUUCAAGCUGACCUUCUGUGGUGGUUAGCUGAAGAAUAAAGAAGAUUCUGAAGAACA